AUGAAUGAAUUGGUAAACGAUGAAGCAUUGCUAAAUGAUUUUUUACAAUUUCGUCAACAACAAGCACAAUAUCGAAUUCAAAAAACAGGACACAAUUUAAUUCCGUACCACGAAAAAGUUUCGUCAAAUAAACAAGUAACCCACAAGCAAUUAAAUCAAUCUAAAAAGCUACAAUCAAUGGCACACGCACAACCAGAUGUUUCAACGCCAAACAAACGCAGAUUAAAUGAUAGUGCUGGAUCAGGAGGAUUGCCAACACCGAAGCAACAACGAUCUGGAAAUAAACAAUUUCAAGAUAAUGAAAUAAUAUUAGAUGAAACAGGUGAUAAUCGACAGAUAGAUUCAACAUCAAAAUACAUGCAACAACACAAGAUCACUUUCGAUCAAGUGAAACGAGCUGUCUCGAGUAAUCUACCAUGUUUCUAUAUAACAUUCCACCCUACAAAUGAAGAUCAAAAAGUACCAUCAGCUUUCAACGUAGUGGAUCAAGUGUUUGAAUAUUUAAAGCAACAAAACGUACAAAUUAAUAGAUUUAGUUUCGUAGGAUGGGCAGGAGCAAAGCUUAAAUUGGGAAUAUAUUCCUCGCGGUAUAUGGAUUAUGAAUUUGUAAAAGAAGAAAUAUCAAGAUCAAUCGCAUCAGUUGUAAACCCAAAGAGGAUUCAAUAUUCAUAUAAUCGAAAAACAGACGAUUAUCGCUUUCACGUUAAAGAUUUACAAGAGUACAAUCGAGCGCUCAACAUGAGACGUAUAUCAAUUGGAAAUGUUAUGGUACCAAUUACACGAUUUUUAGAAGGUGAUAAACUAACAUACUGUACUCGUUGCUGGCGUGUGGGGCAUAUGAGAAAUAAAUGUCUAGCUCCAACGGCUCGCUGCCGAAUAUGUUUACAAGAAAUUACUGAUAUUCAAAAACACAACUGCUCUCAACAAUCAAGAUGUGCUCAAUGUUAUGGUAACCACCAUUCACUUAGUAGUCAAUGUGAAUCUAUAAAAGCUUACAAAAUACAACUAAAAGAAGAAGUCGAUAACGCACUUGCUCGUGGUGUAAUACACAGAUCAGAAUCUAAUAAGCAAGUACCUAUUUUUAAUCAAGAUGACUUCCCACAUCUGUCAAAUCCUAAUCGAAACAAAGUACCAGCUUGGGGAUCAAAACAAGGACCAACGCAUCAACCAACAAUUGAAUCCACAGAAAUAACAGGUGUUCUUACAGCACUAAAUAAACAGUUGUCAAUUAUGACUGACAUAAUUAUACGAAUGGAGAAAAAGUUUGAAGAAAUGGACAUGCGUAUGAAACAUGAUGCAGAAGCUUUGGAAUUAUUACAGAAAAUUAUGAAAAAUACGCUAUGUUCAAUACGCGAAGUUAUGGAGAUUAUAGUGAACCCUCUAUGUGAACUAGCGAAAAUACAAGUAAAAAGAAAACAUCUAUCCUUUACAACUAUUCUGGAAGAGUUACAAGCUGGUACAAGUAAUAGAUUAUUGAAGCAAGUCGCUGACACGCAAAAAGAUGGCCAAUCAAGCAAAGAUACAACCACGUUAUCUGCAGCAAGCAAUACAAAUGCUCGAAGAACAUGA